CGCAUUUGAAAGGACGACCAUGUUGUUCCGAGCUAUGGUCGCAGCCACUGGAGUGCUGCUAGCAGUGGUGACAGCCUCGUCUCCUCACAAGAUCACGUCUCUUCCUGGCUACAACGACGCCAAGCCCAUCAACUUUGACCAGUAUGCCGGCCACAUUCCGCUGCCCAGCAACGGCCAAAAGAUGUUUUACUGGCUCGUGGAAUCCGAGUCCAAUCCAUCCACGGACCCGCUGGUGCUGUGGCUCAAUGGUGGCCCUGGCUGCUCGUCUCUCGGUGGCUUCUUCACCGAGUUGGGUCCAUUUGUCGUCCAGAGUGACUUGAGCGUCAAACGUAAUCCGUACGCGUGGAACCGCAAGGCCAAUAUGGUGUUCUUGGACUCCCCAGCGGGCGUUGGCUUCAGCCAGCCGCUUCUCAAUGCGUCCGAGUACCAUGACGACGUGACCACCGCUCGAUCUCGCGAAUUUCUCCAGCAGUUUCUGGAGCUGUACCCUCAAUACAAGAACCGCGAGUUUUACAUCACGGGCGAGAGCUACGCCGGCAUGUACAUUCCGUUCCUUGUGCACAAACUCAUCACAGACCCCGUGGAGAACCUCCACUUGACUGGGUUUGCCAUUGGCAACCCAUACACAGAUCAAAAGACUGAUGGCAAAGCGUACAUGGACUAUUACUACACCCAUGGCCUCAUCUCAAUCGAAGCAUACCGCGCCGUACAACGAGACUGCCAACCCACUGAAUUGUGGUUGUGUCAGUUUGGUCACCCGGGGUGUUCGCCCAAGUGCGCUGUCACAUACCAAGAAGCCAAGUUUAGCAUCGAUUUGGAGCAUCUGAACCCGUAUUAUAUCUAUGGGGAUGUGUGUUUACUGCAAGGCAACGAAUCCCAAGUCCUCAAGUAUCACAACGUGCGACCGCUUACCCACCGUGGCAACAUUGGGCCGUGCACGGAUGCGUUCACAAACAUUUACCUCAAUCAGCCCCAAGUAUUGGCUGCGAUUCACGCCAGCGGUGGCAACUCAUGGACUGACUGCAAUCAUAACGUGACUCGGCGCUAUACGUUGAGCUUAUCCUCUCUGGACAAGUACCCCACGAUCCUCAACGCCGGCUUGAAAGGUCUCAUCUACAGCGGGGAUGCCGACGCCAUUGUGAACUUUAUCGGCACCCAGCGCUGGCUAACGGACGACGGACUCAAUCUAACUGUGACUGAGAAGUGGCAGGCCUGGUUUGGCCCAGACAAGCAACUGGCGGGGUACACUGAACGGUACACCAACUUGACGUUUACGACGGUCAAGGGCGCCGGCCACAUGGUGCCAGCCGCGAGACCGUUGCAUGCAUUGUACAUGUUUGAGUGCUUUUUGUACUCGAACCGGGAAUGCAACGAAGUAUUCGACUACCCGAAAGACCCCGCCGAGUACUUGAGCGGCGCCGACUUGACGGCCCCUACAACCAACGGACAAGAUGAUGACGCGGGAGCGGUGGUGUGGUGGUGGCUCGGGAUUGCGGCGGCUGUGGCGGUCGGUGUGGCUGUAGUCGUGAUGGUGGUGCUCAAGAAGACUCAGAAGGACAAGAAGGUGCAGUACGUUGAACUCAACUCGGGGACGGCCAAGCCAGCUUACUCGUAAGCGAGAGGAGAUGCCAUAAAUACGUGUAAUAGUGUUAGGCCUAUGGUUCAAAUACUGAAUUACUGUUGGAUAUCGCAAAAGGUAUACUAGUAUUGGAAAUACUGUAACACAUAUUAAUGUCAACUGUUGCAAGUAGA